AUGGAUCAAGAGCUAACCGAGAUAAAAGUAGAAGGAGGAAUGGAAGAGCAAAACCAACAACAGAGUAACUCAACAAGUAGAAGAGAAUUCAAGCAUUUUGAUAUCAUCCCAGCUAACUCCAUUACUAAUGAUCAUCACUAUUUUGCAUCCCCUUCUACUUUAUCAUCUCCUAGUUACCAGAAAAAAAUAAUGAAGGAGUGGAGAAUUUUAGAAGAUAACCUUCCUGAUUCAAUAUACGUUAGGGUUUACGAAAAGAGAAUCGAUCUACUAAGAGCAGUAAUCAUAGGACCUGCGGGUACACCUUACCACGACGGUUUAUUCUUUUUCGAUAUCCAGUUCCCUUCUGAUUACCCUAAUAAACCACCCACAGUUUGCUACCGUUCGUUUGGGAAUAGACUGAACCCUAAUCUAUAUGCAAACGAUUUUGUUUGUUUGAGUCUUUUAAAUACUUGGCAUGGUGAGUAUAAGAAUGAAAGGUGGAUACCUUCUCAGUCGACGAUGCUACAAGUUUUAGUAUCCAUUCAAGCUUUAGUUCUGAAUGAACAACCCUUUUUUAACGAGCCUGGCUAUGCACAAUACUCUAAGACUUCUGAUCCAUGGAAGAGAAGUUCUCUGCUUUACAACGAAACUGCUUUUACCUUGAGCUGCAAGACAAUGUUGUGUAUUCUUAAUACACCGCCAACUUUUUUUGAAGAGUUUGUUGUUCAACAUUUUCGUGAUCGCGGGGAUGCUAUUUUAACUGCUUGCAAAGCUUAUGAUACUGGUCGAGCUAGAAUCGGGGAUCAACUCACUAUCACUGCUGCUGGCACGGGGAUUCAGAACAUGCCGUCACGGACAUUUAAGACGUCUAUGGAACAAAUAUAUCCAAAGCUCGUGAAUUCGUUUGCAAAGAAUAAUGGAUCUCCAAAUGGGAUAAUGAACACUAGUAAUGCAAGUGAGCUUCCAAGUGAUAAUGGAUCUCCAAAUGGGAUAACAGACACUAGUAAUGCGAGUGUGCUUCGUAUCAUAGGUUUUCGUAAUCCCAUUUAG